UUAACAAGUUACAAAUUAUAAUUGAAUACUAAACCAUUAAUGGAUUACGAUAGAGAAAAAGAGCUCAAGACUUUCGAUGAGUCAAGAGCCGGUGUGAAAGGGCUAGUGGACACAGGAACACUAACCCAACUCCCAAAAAUCUUUGUCCGACCACCAGACGAGAUUGCAAAUGAUUUGGACACUUGGCAACCAACAUCGUUAGAUUGUCCGGAGAUCCCGCUAGUGGAUCUCCGGACCAUCUUCGAAAACGAUCGCGAAGGACGAGAUGAGAUUGUGCGACAAAUCCAAAAGGCUUCCGAAACUUGGGGCUUCUUUCAGGUGAUCAAUCACGGGAUCCAAAGCUGCGUUCUUGAAGGAAUGAUCGAUGGCGUUCGAGCCUUCCACGAGCAAGAUGUGGAGGCGAAGAAAGCGAUUUACAGCCGUGAUCGCUCGAAGAAGGUGAGGUUUGAAAGCAACGUUGACUUGUAUAAGACGCGGUCGGCAAAUUGGAGGGACACCAUGACCAUUAGUAGGGUCACUCCUGAAGAUCAUGAUCUUAGUGAAGUUCCAGAAAUAUGCAGAGAUAGGAUGUUGGACUAUAUUAAAUGUAUACGAACAUUGGGUGAGACUCUGCUCGAGCUAUUAGCGGAGGCUCUUGGACUAAAAGAGAAUCAUUUGAGGGAGCUUGAUUGCUCAAGGAAUCAAACCAUAGUUUGUCAUUACUAUCCAGCUUGUCCAGAGCCAGAUCUAACUCUUGGAGCCAGUAGACACACUGAUCCAUCAUUUUUCACAGUUCUACUCCAAGACCAACUCGGCGGCCUACAGGUUCUGCACCAAGAUCGUUGGAUUGAUGUUAAGCCCAUUUCGGGUGGUCUCAUAGUCAACAUAGGCGAUCUUCUCCAGAUUUUAUCCAACGACAAGUUCAAGAGUGUAGAUCAUAGGGUGGUGGCUAGUUAUGUUGGGCCACGAAUAUCAACUGCUUGCUUCUUCAAUGGUGUUGCGGACCCUCCAAAGGUUUAUGGUCCUAUAAAAGAGCUAAUAUUUGACGGAGAUCUUCCUUUAUACAAGGAAUUCACAGUUAAGGAUUAUAUUAUCAAAUUCUUUUCUAGAUCGAUUGGAGAAUCUGGUUUAGAUCAGUUUAGAAUGUAAUAAAAAUGACAUGAAUGAACUGGAAAUAAAUGGGCUAAAAGUGUGCUUAUAUACAUUAACUCUUAAAACAUAUCAAAUUGGUUUUGUUAUUAUUGUAGUUUAUGUAUGUUUUUUAUACAAUUAAUUAAUGUCCUUGUUUUGCAAAUAAAUAUGUAAUAAGCUACUUUUAUAUGUAAC